UUGUGCACACAAAUAUAUUAUCACAUUCUUGCUGCAAUUGGAUACUAUAAAGCCCUAAAACCCUAAAACAAAACCCUAGAAUAUUAUUUGCCGUCUACAACCGGAACCUAUUUCUCAGGCUUGUAUCCAUCUCCUCCGGCCAAUCAAGGAAACUGAACAAAGAUGUAUCUUCAGUUUUACAUAAAUGAAAAUGGUGACAAGGUUUACACCACCAAGAAAGAAUCACCACUUGGAUUGGCCACACAGUCUGCUCAUCCUGCUCGUUUUUCACCAGAUGAUAAGUUCUCGAGGCAAAGAGUUUUGUUGAAGAAGCGUUUCGGCUUACUGCCAACCCAAAAACCGGGUCCUAAAUACUGAAUUGCUUGUCCUUUGCCUAUAGUUUGUGUGUCAGUACGGGUGGUUGAUAUUAAAUGGUUAUUUGUGUACCAAGUAUUGUGAACUUAGUUUAAAUGAGAAUGGUUUGUUAUCUAUCUUUUUCUAUUUUAUGAACAGUCAUUUGUGUUUG